UUAGACGCUAAUCCCACACUCACAAUGUGCAUGCGCAAACCGAAGUGCGUGCGUCCGGGCGAAGGACCGAACGGCGUUAAUUCAACAAACAACAAACUGCCAUCACUCAGCAAAUCUCAUGUCCGAUAAGAUGAACUGAACAAGAUCCUAACAAGUCGAUGGCCACCGCGUCCUGUACAGCAGAGUCUGGAGGUGGACCUAAUGUCAUCCAAGCCUGAUUCAUAGGACCCUCAUAAAAGAUGUGAGCGCGCAUGCAUUCAUGCAGUUCUCUCUCAGGGCUGAGUGUACUCCAUUCCUUCUUCAUGCUCAGCAAAAGCUCACGCGUAUCAAGGACAGGAUGUCUAAAUGUGAGCUUAUAGAGCUCAAGGAUCUCAGCGUAAAUGAUCCGAUCGAGCUGGCGGCUCCGGCGGCUCCCGCGGCCCCGCCGCCCAACCCCGCCCCCCCCGGCCCCUUCCACGUCGUCCGCCUGGUGGGAGACAGCGUCAGCAUCGAAGCACAUGGAUGUACCGCCUCCGAGGCCGCGGACGGUCACGACUUCCAGCCCUUCAGUCGCACUCACCUGACCUGGUGUGACCUGUGUGGCGACUUCAUCUGGGGCCUCUAUAGGCAGAGUUUACGCUGUGCACACUGCAGUUACACUUGUCACUACCGCUGUCGACCGCUCAUCCAGCUGGACUGCAGCUCAGAUGGAGCUUUGGUAACAGGCCGGGACGACUUUUCCGUCGACGGCGUCGAGACGGACACCAACGUGGACGAACAGGUCGAUUUGGGCAAACAGAAGCUGAGUGCCGCUGAGAUUCAACAGAAGAUUAAGGAGUACAAUGCUCAGAUCAACAGCAACCUCUACAUGGUGUCUAAUAAAGACGGGUCCUACACGGGUUUCAUUAAGGUCCACUUUCAGCUAGUCCGGCCCAUCUCCCUCCCUCCUCGUCUGAGCCUGGAGGAGGAAGGUCAGCAGGGCAGACGGAUGAAGCGGCGGACGUCUUUCUACCUCCCUAAAGACACGGCGAAGCACCUGCAUAUAAGCUCCCACACGCGGGUCCGGGAAGUGAUCGAGGCCCUGCUGAACAAGUUCACCGUGGUGGACAACCCGGCCAAGUUUGCCCUGUUUGAGCGCGCUGAGAGGCCGAGUCAAGUGUCCAUGCGCAAACUGUCAGAUGACGAACGCCCUCUCCACCUGCGCUUGUGUGCUGGGCCCAGUGAAAAGGUUCUGAGUCUGGUGUUGAAAGAAAAUGAGACAGGAGACGUCAAUUGGGACGCAUUCAGUUUUCCAGAGUUAUGCAAUUUCCUGCGGAUCCUGCAGCGUGAAGAAGAACAGCGCGUGCGGCAGAUUGUGAAGCGAUAUGCGCUCGCUAGAGAAAAGAUGAAACAGGCGAUGACAAGGAUCACUACGCCCGCUUGAACCUUCUACCAUAUUUAAGGUCUCUCCUGUGAUGUGAAGCAUCAAGGAAGCUUUCAGUGGCUUGAAGGAAAGAUGACACAGUUUUGAAUAUAGGUCGCUAAUCAAGCAGGGAUGCCGCUGUUACCACCAACAGCACUGCAACUUUUAAUGCACACAAUUUAUGUUGAUGAUCAUGGAUUAAUACCUUGUAGUUGUUUCUCAAAGUAAGUGUUGCUUGAAUUGAUCAUUUGUAAAGUAUUAAGUUCAUAUCUAGUUUCUAGUGAAUUAUGUUUUUGAACUGUUCAAUUUUGGCACUUUAAUGAAUCUGUGAAAUGGAUUGAACGUGUUAAAAUGUGAAACUACAUUUAUAUUUUGAUUACCUAAUAAUAAAUCAUUGAGCCAGUUGAAAUUCAUCCAUUAUUCAAUGAAAAUACUUACUUGCAUAAUUUAUCAACCUGUAGCUGCAUUUAUUCUCCUCUUAGUCAACCACAAGAGUGAGGUCCCUUUAUUGAGUUGAAUUUUAAAGUCUAAAUUGCACUUUGUCAUUGACUUUUUGACUCAGUUUAAAGUCAUACUAUUAAGUGAACCCUGACCCUGAUUCUUGUGUUAUUAAAAAGGUUCCAGGUAUGCAAUGUAAUAUAAUAAUAUACUAAGUUAUUUCAUCAUAUAUUUAAUGGGAAAAUGUGUAGUAGUACAAAACAGAAAUAAUAAAAAGUGAAAUUGUUUUGUUUUUUCAAA